AAUCGAGACGCGAGGAAUUCGUGCGCUGUCCAAUGGUGAUCGACCAGAGGGAGGGGCUUACAGAUCAGGUGCGCAGAAGGCGGAAGGUUCGCUGAAGUGGAAAGGUUGGGUAGUUAUGCUCCCUGCUGUCCCAGAGAGGAGAGCUGGCCUUGUUCUCUCCUCUGAUCCCAUGUCUGAGAGGCUGGGCAGCUGUAUCCCCAGCGCCUGAUCUUUCACCCAGCACCUGUCCGUCCGAGUGCCCCCCCCCUCUCACCAUGGACAUCGUGGUGGCCAAGGUGCUGUGCCUGCUUGGGGUCUUCCUGCUCAUGAUGGGUGGCGCCCUGAUCCCUGUGAGGGUCAUGCAGGCAGACUACGAGAAAGCUCAGCGCUCCAGGAAGGUCCUGGCGCUCUGCAACUCUUUCGGAGGAGGCGUCUUCCUGGCCACCUGCUUCAAUGCUUUGCUUCCUGCCGUGCGGGGGAAGGUGAAUGAGGUCCUGAAGCUGGUGAGCAUCCAGACAGAUUACCCCUUGGCUGAGACCAUGAUGAUGCUGGGCUUCUUCCUGACGGUGUUCGUUGAGCAGGCGGUGCUGACCUUUCGAAAGGAGAAACCCUCAUUCAUCGACCUGGAGACCUUCAACGCGGGGGGCUCGGAGGCAGGCAGUGACUCGGAGUACGACACGCCCUUCAUCGCCCCUCCCCGCGGCGCCAACGGCAACCACCACCAUCACCACGGGCACCUGAACCCGUCGGAGCUGGCACGCGCCGGGCCCCUGCGCCUCGCCAGCCUUGUUUUCGCCCUGUCCGCCCACUCUGUCUUUGAGGGCCUGGCUCUGGGGCUGCAGGAGGAAGGUCCGAAGCUAGCCAGCCUCUUCCUGGGUGUAGCCAUCCACGAAGCCCUGGCAGCCAUAGCUCUGGGAGUAAGCAUGGCCAAGUCUUCCUUGCCCAUGAGGGACGCAGCCAAACUGGCAGCCACGGUCAGCUUGAUGAUCCCGCUGGGCAUCGGGGUGGGCAUGGGCAUCGAGACCGCUCAGAACCUGGCGGGCAGCAUCGCCUCGGUGGCGCUGCAGGGGCUGGCUGCUGGCACCUUCCUCUUCGUCACUUUCUUCGAGAUCCUGUCCCGUGAGCUGGAGGACAAGCACGACCGCCUGCUCAAGGUGCUCUUCCUCAUCCUCGGCUACGCCGUCCUGGCGGGCCUCGUCUUUAUCAAGUGGUAGGUCCAGAGACUGCGAGCUGUUGACACGGGCAGCUUCAGAGCUAAUACAAGAUCCUUCCUCAAACAGGGCUGUCAGUUCAUCAGCAUGAUGUCGUGAGACCAAAGACAAACACAGUGGGACAGCAUAGCCCCCACAUCACAGAUCUCCUCCCUCAUGAACUUCUUGACAUUUGCUGGUCAAAAAUGACUGUCGUUUGGAGCCUUCGUCCUAAAUUACAGAAUCACCACAACUUCAGUUUCUCCUGUAGGGCUGCUCCACAGUACACUCACAGUAUCAGCUGUUUCUGCUGGUGGUCUCUUUUUGUCGCUCUUGGUUCUCUCCACAGUUGUCUUCUUUAUGUUUCUGGUAGAUCCAGGGAGACAGUCUGGACGAAGGCCUUUCUACAGCUCAGGUGCUGCAGCUCAGACGCUUCCUUGAGGCUCAAGGGCUCCACUUAGUCCAUUCUACUGCACCUGUCUAGUUGUCUACUGAUUUAGUGACGCACACUAAUUGGCAGACCUGACUAAUUCAGGUUCUUCAUAAAACUACAUCAAACUUAAGCAUUUUGGGUUUCUGAGUGUAUGAAUAACUUUUACAAGAAAUAGUCCAGGUUAUGAAAGUGUGAAGCCACCAAUGAAUUUGAUUUUUAAACAUGUACUGAACAAUACUGCUACUGAGCACAAGAAGAGAGAAUCCAACUGUUACUGUGAAUCAUGUCAUGUGAAUAUACUUGUGAAUAUAUACAUGUGAAUAUACUUUGUUUUCCUUCAUUUUGUUUUGGCAGCUGGGCCUAUUUAGAACACGUCUUUUUAUUAGGGACUACUCACUGCUGUCUGAAACCAUCCUGAUGCUCGUUUUGGCUUAGAUCAUUCGUGUCACCUUAGAGAAUGUAAUUAUAUUGAAUAAAUAAGAGAUCAAUAAGAUUGCCUUAGGGCGACAUACAGUGUGAUUGAAUUGUUUUGCAACAUUUAGUUGAGCACAGGUGCUAACAGAUUCUUACAGCAGCUACUUGUCAUGGGCGAUUGAGUUGAACUUGAAACUGGAGUACGAGGCAACUCCCUGCAGACGCUCAGAAUGGUGAUUUCUGAGCCUGCUGAAAUUGUGCAUUGUUUGUCUCAUUUAAAUGAAAUUAAUUCUCCUGAAAAAAAGCACACCUGGGGUGCAAUAUCUGACAGUGACUUACUGUAUAGUAGUGCACUUCCCUUGAUACCUUUCCAGACAAUUUCUGACUUUAUCUUCUCGACACAAGAUUAUUUCUUUACACUUUCAUUUAUCACCCAGUAAAAACAUAUUUUCGUUAUUGAUGGUUAAGGCUUUUGUGUGCAGCUCGACUCCCCUGCUGGGCUUUUAGUUAAAAUUUAACACUUUGUAUAUACCUGUAAAGCAACAUAGGUUCAUUUUUAAGAAGGUGUUGAUAUUUCUUGUUGAAAAUAAUGAAGGUAUUUUAUGUAUUUAUAUGAUUUGCAAUACACUGGGUGACAAAAUAUUCUAGGAUACAUCUUGCUGCUAGAAAGAUGGGUAUAUAUAUUUGUACUGAUAUGUUGUUCUGUAACAAUCUUGUGGUUUUGUUAUGUGUUCCUUCUGUUAUCUGUAAUUUAUUUUUAUUCAUUGUUUUUACUUGUUUUUAUUUUCGGUUUGGUUUACAAAAUAGAUCAUUACAAUCUGAAGAGGGGACAGAGACUUCUCUCUUUUUGUUAAGCAAACGUCUUCCCAGGUCCCAUCAUGCCUUGCAGCAUAUAGGUUCAGGAUGGGGUCUCCUUCAUUGCCAAUCGGCAACAGGUCAGCAUGGCACUGCAGUUUAGUGUGCGGACAGCUCACACCCUCACCUGAGCACAGCAUGGGUCACAUUCUCAGAAAGGGACAUGAUAAUAAUAAUAAUUAAUAAUUGCUUACACUUAUAUAGCCCUUUUCUGGACACUCCACUCAAAGCGCUUUACAGGUAAUGGGGUCUCCCCUCCACCACCACCAGUGUGCAGCCCCACCUGGAUGAUGUCUUGUGUCAGUCUUCUGCACUGUUUCACUCAAACUCCCUGCCCUUCUAGCUUCUCGCAGUUGAUCCUGCACUGGUCUCUGGGAAUCUGUCAACACUUUGAACUGAUUACUAUGGAUCUCUGCCACAUAGACCAUAUUGUCACCUUGAAGUCCCUGUGGAAUCUCAGAGGUCCCCUAGUUUUCUGUGAGGCUGUUGCACAAGGUUUCGGACAGGCCUGCUGUAUCAAACAGACUGGCUUUAUCUGUUAAACAUUCGAUCGAUUCAUGAGAAUCUCCAAGCAUUACAGUAUCAGAGCACAGAUCUGGAUAUUGGUAUUUAAACGGCAGAACUUCCUAUCAAUCCAAAUCCCAAUCAGGGAUUUAUUUUUGUGAAGGAAUACAAGAAUUAUUUUGUUACUCAGUUAAAAAAAAAUGGUUUUGCUAGAAUUUGGCUCUGAAUGGUGUAGGAAGGUCUACUGUUUCACUUGAUAAUGGUGGAAAAAGUACGUAACCACACUUUAGUUAUUGAUACUGUAAUACUUGGACUGGCUUGAGGACUUUUUUAUUAUUUUAGCACAGAUAUUUUAUUCAUGUCCAUGUCCCUGGUUGCAAAAAUAUUGUCUUAAGGUACUUUGGAAUUUGAAUUGAUACUAGCAAUAGACUUUGAUGUCUUCUAAAUCUGCUUUUCAGUGUUUCACCUCUUAAAUCCAACUAGCCAAAAAAGAUUGUAAAAAAGUUUAAGAACUACAGGUUAAUAUUUCUUUGUCUGAGUACAACAGAUUAUUUUUCACUUUUUCCAGAUCAUUCAUUAUUAUAAUCAUUUCUACUGUUGUAUGUGUGUAUAUUGUACUAAGUGUAACAAAGUGGUAGGGUUUAGUGUCUGUGCUGCUGAACGUGAUUAAAUGUGAUUAAAUGUUA